GGUGCUGGGGGGGGUGAGCUGCUCCAGACGGGACCGCGGCAGUAGCAGCGGCAGCAGCAACAGCAUCCAGUCCGGAAGCUCCGAGGCGAAGUCGCGGCACAGCCCAGCCCAGCGUCGGACCCCACCGGCCGCGGAAGACCCGCCAGCGCUGCUCGCCCUCUCCCCCGCCCCAUGGGCGCCUCGCGGCGGCCGUGCGCCUGGGCGAGCCUCUUCUGGGGCUGCCUCUCCGUUGUAUUCGCCCAGCAAGUGACAGUCAACCAUGAGGUCACCGGGUACCUGGGGAAGAAGGCGGUCCUGCCUUGCAACAUCGUGGUAACUGAGCCUGAGGUGCAGGUCAGCCAAGUGACCUGGGUGAAGGAGAUCGAAGGCCGGAGGCAGAAUGUGGCCGUGCACCAUCCAAAGCACGGACAAAACUAUCCAGUGGAGAGGAACAGCAGGCGCAUCCAUUUUCACGUACCAUCCUUGACGGACGCCACACUGGUCAUUGAACACCUUCUCAUGACGGAUGAAGGCACCUACUCUUGCGAGUUUGCCACCUACCCCCACGGCAAUGAAAUUGGCACCACCAACUUGAUUGUCUUGGCCAAGCCCACAAGCAGUGCUGCGGCUGAGGAGGUGAAGGCCAGCAACGUGGAGCAGCCAGUGGCCGUGUGCACGUCCGCCAACGGGAAGCCGCCAGCGCGCAUCACCUGGCAGUCGAAGCUGAACGGCAACUCCAGUGUUGAGACGACAAAUAACCCCGAUGGCACCGUCACCGUCACCAGCCGCUACAACUUAAUUCCCACCAAGGAGGCCAACGAGCAGCAGAUCACCUGCCUUGUCGAACACGUCGCCCUGCCACAAGCCGAGUCCUUCCCUGUCCAGCUUUCCAUAUUGUAUGCCCCAGAGGUUGCCAUAGAGGGCUACGAUGACAACUGGUAUUUGACCCGCAAUGACGCCAUACUCGUUUGCAGCGCGAGGGGGAACCCCACUCCGGUGGAUUUCUUCUGGACCACGACCAAUGGACCGCUUCCGAAGUCUGUCGAGGUCCAAGGUCACCGCCUACUUGUGAGAAAAGUGGAUUACACUGUGAACACCACCUUCAUCUGCCAAGCCACCAAUCGCGUGGGGCAAGUUUCGACCCAGCAAAUCAUCCUCGUCCGGGACCAGCCGGUGAAGAGUCAGAGCCGCAACGUUGGAGCCCUGGCCGGGGGUAUCGUGGGGGGGAUCCUGGCCCUGGCAAUUCUGGGGAUCAUAGUCUUCUUCAUCUUCCACCGCCGGCACGCCCGAGCUUCCAAAGGCUCCUUUGACCCCAAGACUCGACCCUUUGGCAACGGGACCGCUCAGCCACCAAAGCAUGACUUCACCGAACUCGACCGGCCGCUGAAACCCGCCACAGGAAGAAAGCCCGAGGACGAGGACGACGAGGAAGAUUACAGAGAGGAGGAGCACGAAGAACGGCGGCACCCUCCCUACGGCUACGCCCCGCGGCAUCGGGAGGACGAGGAGGAACGAUUCGACCAGCUGGGCCCCAUUCUGCGGUUCAGCCCUGACCCGCACGGCUACGAGUACGACGACAUGGAAUCCCAGCACGACGGUUCCAUCAUCUCCAAAACGGCCGUCUACGUGUGAGCUUGGUCUGGACAGCCGUCCUGGGACCGCGGGAGAACGGUGCUCCCUCUCAAAAGACCCUCGAACACUCUCUGAAGGAUUUUUAAUGUUUUCUUUAACUUACGGACUCUGCCGACAGAAGCCCCUGCUUAAGGAAGGCGAGGCCGCUGUCAGGGCAGGUUGGCCUCGGAGGAAAAACAAACGGGGUGUCCCUGGGAAACAGAGAAACUAAGGAGAAACACAAUCAAAACCUCCCUUCUGGAGAUCUUUUCAAUACCGCUGCCUUAGAAGGAUUUGUAAAUCUUGGCUUUAUUUUUUAAUGUUGGAGGAGAUGCGAACCGGGUGGUAAUACCUGGGGUCCGAGCAGUGCAGGAAAGAAUUAAGUUGAUCCAACCUUCCCUGUGAAAUGGGACCGCCGGUGAGGGACGGAGACUUAGGUGCGCUCUCCGAAAGGACUCCACUGAGAUUGGUGCUCUCUACUUUGAUUGCAAGAGACUCGGCUGCUUUCAACGGCCGGGCUUCCCUCAGCCACCCCUUGCUCCGGGAAACUGGGACUUAAAAUGUCUCGUCGUUGUGUCUUGUAGCGUCCUCGGAGGGUUGGGAGAAAUGAAGGGGCCUGGUGCUCAGCCCCGAGGUCUCUUAAAAAACUUUUUUGGUUAAGGAAUUAUCCGGGAAUUGCCUGAGAUUGUCCGUCUUGUGGAUUCCGUGGUUUGGCUGUGUACCACGUCCUCCUUCCGUCUCCAGAUCCUCCUCGUGUGGGAGACUGUAAAAGAAGGCUCUCCAAAAUGGGGACCGAGCCAUUUCAUGGCCUUCCACGUUCACACGCUACCUUUGUGCUCUACUUUACGUGCCCUGUGUCGGUUGUCUGUAAAUAACCUUGCUUUAAAGAAAACAAAACCACAAACGAAACACCCAACAGCCAAGGCGCAGAGCUAUUUUCGUACUCGGUUUGACUGCGCCUUCCCCAGUCCUCCCCCCUUCAGUGUCAGUUCUGCCUUCGUUUGUGUGUAAUUAAAUGCUGUCUCAAAACCUA